GCCGAAGUCAAGAGGUAUCAAGAAGUAUCUGCGAGCAGCGCCAAAAUCUCGAAUUGCGUUGAUAUUGAUUUUUGCUGGUUUUUUCGAUUUAUUUUUUUGAAUGUCUCUAUUUUUUGUUAAUUUUUUCAUAUUUUGACUUUUCGGUAACAAAUUUUUUUUAAAAUAUUUUACGUUAGUAUAAAUACUUUUGUCGCCUCUUUAUUCGCAUUAGUCGGUUAGUUUAUAGUCAGCGAAUUUGUGGUGAUUUAUUUUUUAUCGAAUUAAGUACAAAAUGAAAGUAUUUUUCGUUCUUGCUCUACUGAUGGCUGCCGCGUCAGCGUUGCCACAGUUUGGUGGCUUCUAUGGUGGAGGCCCUGGUUUCUAUGGACGUCCUGGAUUUGGUGGACCUGGUUUCGGCGGCGGUUUCGGUGGACCUGGAUUCGGUGGACCAGGCUUCGGAGGAGGUGGUUUUGGUGGUCCAGGUUUUGGUGGUCCUGGUUUUGGUGGUCCUGGAUUUGGUGGCGGCGGUUAUUAUCCAGGCUUUGGUGGCGGUGGUUUCAGACCUGGCCGUUUCGGUGGUGGUCGUCGUGGCGGUGGUGGUGGUGCAGCAUCUGCAUCUGCUUCAGCCUCGGCAAGUGCGGCAGGUGGUGGUGGUGGUGCAGCCUCAGCAGCAGCAUCAGCUUCAGCGUCCUCAUCAGGUGGUUUCUUUGGAUAAAAGGAAAUGCGUUGAAUUAAUUUUAAAUUUAAUUUUACAUCUAAACUUUUUGCCAAAUAUAUAUUUUUUAUAUGGAAAAUUGCUCUCUGAGCAACUUUAAAGCUUGAUAAAGCGUUCUGUUAAAUCAUAAAUCCACUUCACCAAAUGUCAAAAUGCUUAAUUGCCUUUUCUAAAUAAUAUAA